AUGGCUUAUUUUGAUUCAUUAGCAUCUAUGGAAGAAGAUUUUGAUGAACUAAGCAAUGAAAAAGAUUUUCUUGUUGCACUUCAAUUACAAAAUCAUUUUGAUAAAGAAGAAAAAGAAAAAGAAAAUGAAGGACAAUUAGAUAAAAUAACUCAGAUUCAUCCAAUGAAUGUUGUUGAUAAGCAGUGGGAAUUAAUCGAUCCACAUCCAAAUAUUCAUACAUUAUUUCAACAAUUUAAUCAUCAAUUUUUCUAUGGAAAAUUAGAGAGUGUUUAUGUUGAAUGGAGUAAACGGAUGACACGUUGUGCAGGUAUAUGUUAUUAUAGACGAGGUGGUGAAUGUCGAAUUGCACUUAGUGCAAGUUAUCUAACAUUACGACCUCGAAAAGAUCUUGUUGAAACAUUAUUACAUGAAAUGAUCCAUGCUUAUUUAUUUGUUACUCAUAAUAAUAAAGAUCGAGAUGGUCAUGGACCAGAAUUUCUUAAACAUAUGGUACGAAUUAAUGAUACAACAGGAACUAAUAUUACAGUAUAUCAUUCAUUUCAUGAUGAAUAUGAUCAUCUUCAUGGUCAUUGGUGGCGAUGUACAGGAGCAUGCCGUCAAUGGAAACCUUUUUAUGGUUAUGUUAAACGAUCAAUGAAUCGAGCACCAUCAAAUAGAGAUCGAUGGUGGAGUGAACAUGAAAAACGUUGUAGUGGUCAAUUUGAAAAAAUUAAAGAACCUGAAGAUUAUAAAACAAAAGGAAAUAAAAAACGAAAUGCUAAUGAAAUUACAUCAAAUAAAAAUGAACAACAAGCAUCAACAAGUCAAAUUUCAUCACCAUCAAAGAAAAAGAAAAAACCAAAUACCAAUGUGCCAUCAAAUCAGGGUACUAUUCAUAAUUUCUUUAAAAAAACUAAUUCUACAUCGUCCUUAACCGAUACUAAACAAUCUGACUCGAAGAAAAUCAUCGAAAUAAAUUCAGAAAAACAAUGUACAAUAACUACAUCUCCUAAUGAUGAAAUAAAACCAAAUUAUGCUAAAUGUCCAACUUGUCAAAUUCUAUUACCUAAAGCUAAUUUAUUUAUUCACCAAAUACGAUGUUAUAAAAAAUAA